AUGUGUACAUGGUCUAAGGAUGUCAGUCUUUCUCUAUUCCUGGGUCUAUGGCCUAAGUCAUAAUGACGGAAACAAUUGACGUUGAAUAUAUACAAAAACAGUUUUUAUGUUGUACGCCAGUAACUGAAUUUAAUUUUGCGAUAUCCGGGCACAGUGAGGAAUGUCAAUUGACCCUGGACAUUCAAAAAGCUAUUCUAGAUAAUACUGUAAAUGAUGAUCUAGUUAGGAAAUAUCCAAUAAAGCGGUCAUAUCAAAAGGCAUUUUUAAAACUACUAAUUAACAAGUUAGAAAGAAGUUGCGAGGAAUUACACGACGAUAUAUAUGACCUGUAUUGCACGUUGCUUUCCUAUACGGAAUCAGAAUCACAAACGCAUUAUCAACAUUACAUGAUUCCACGGAAAGGAUCUGUUGUACGCAUUUUAUUAUGUGAAAGUACAAAUAUUAUUUCUAUGGGGACUACUGGAUUGUGCAGUUGGCAAGGUGCUUCACGUCUAGCAGAGUGGUGUAUUACAAAUGAUAAAAAACUUGAAGGAAAGACAAUACUGGAACUUGGGUCAGGUGUUGGAUUAACUGGACUUGUUGUGAUUAAUAGCUGUUUACCAAAACAUUACAUAUUUUCGGACUGUCAUCCAGCAGUCCUUGACAUGCUGUGUCGAAAUGUACGGAGGAAUCUUGGACAAUCAACGGGUCAAUGUUUAGAAAAAGACACAUAUAAUGAAUUUUCCAAACUGAAUUUGGAUUACAAUGGAAAUCAAGUCGAAGUAGUAGACUUACCUUGGGAAAAUAUUGAAAAAAAUGAAAGCGAAUAUCAUAUAACACCUGAUGUAAUACUCGCUGCAGAUGUUGUAUACGAUUACGACAUCAUUCCUGCUUUGAUUCAAGCAUUAACAUUUUUUCUAAGUAGAUCAAAUUGUUAUGCCGUCAUUGCUAUAACCAAUCGCAAUGAAGAUACAAUAUCUCGUUUUUUGGAUCAAUUAGAGCGACAGAACCUUGCAUUCGAGGAAGACAAGAAAGAAUAUCUACGUGUAUUUGUGCGACCAGAUGUUACACCAAUUAAAAUUUUCAAAAUUAUCAGUAAAAUAGUUUAUUCAAAAAAAUAAGGACCCUGGAUCCUUAGAUUUAAUAGUAGACGUGUACGAGGAGUUUCUAUACAUUACAGAUACAAUAUAAUUAAUAAUUGAUAAGAAUAACGAUAGAGGAACAUUUUAAUGGGUAUAUAACAAAAAAAGGUAAUGGAAAACAAUAAGAAUAACAUUUGGUAGCAGUUUGUUGCAGAUGAACAAUCUCCAUGUACGCAAAUUGACGUAUGUAAAAGAAAUCAAUAUUUAACUCUACAUACAGCAUAAGUACUUUAAAUACACCUAAUGAAAAUCAUGAAAUGUCUUUCUACCGAAUCAGUA